GGCAACGUCGCGUUAUUAUUAUUCUUAUUUAUCCUAUACCUAUAAUACCACUCAAUUUAUGUACAGUUCAUAUGCGCAGUAAAUGUAAACAACCGGCUAUUUUUAUUGAAAUAAACAAAUAAUUAUGGGUGAUCGAAUGCGUUAUAAAGGAAGAUUUAUUAAAAAAAAAGUAUUCGAUAAACAAAUUAAAAUAAAAAAUGGUUUACAAGAAAAAAGAAAAGGCAAUGAUUUGUCAACAAAUAAUAAACCUAACCUAUCCGAAGGCUUUCGUGUGGUGGAUUUAAAAUUGUUAGCCGAAAAAUUAAAAUGUGUAAAAUGUUUUGAAAUACUUUGUCUUGAUAAUAUUGUGCACGAACAAAAUUUAGGGCUGAAUUCAAUCUUAAAAGUUAAGUGCACUAAAUGUGAUAUAAUAACAAUAGUUCCAACGAGUAAAACUCAUCGUACAGCUGAUAAUAAAUCUAAUCACUCAGACAUUAAUACAGGUGUAGUUCUUGGUGCUAUACACGCUGGCUAUGGCUGCACUGGAUUAAACAAAAUAUUGGCAUGUGCCAAUAUUCCAACAAUAUCGCCACAAUUAUUUAAAAGAUAUGAAAGAGAAGUUGGUCCUGCAAUCGAAGAAGCUGCUAAGGAGAGUUGUAAAAGAGCUGCCAAGGAAGAGCGACAACUUGUCAAUGAAAAUAUAGACAAGUUGUGUGAAUUAUUGUAAGUUUAAUUGAAAUUGAUAGAGCUACGGAGUAACAAUUUUUUUUUGUUUAUAAUUUUUUAUUGAUCAUAUGAGGAUGAUUUGAAUUGAUUUAUUGUCAUCAACGAA